AUGAGAGAGAAGCUCGCCGCCGGGCGAUCCCUUGUUCUCGAUGUUGACGCCGGGCUCCUCCUGCCGUCGUCAUCAUUCCCGUUCCCCUACUUCAUGCUUGUGGCGCUGGAGGCCGGAGGGUACCUACGAGGACUCGUACUACUCCUUCUCUACCCAAUCAUCUUAUGCAUGGGGGGCAACAGUGACGUGGCCGUGAGGUUUAUGGCUAUGACGGCCUUCUGUGGGUUGCGCCGGAGCCAGUUCCUAGCUGGCUGUGCAGUGCUGCCCAAGUGGCUCAUGGAGGACGUGGCCGCGGAAGGCUUUGAGACGAUGAGGAUGAGUGGUGCCGCAGGAGGGCGGAGGGUGUGCGUGACCAGGAAGUUGCCGAGGGUGGUAAUAGAGGGGUUCCUGAGGGAGUAUCUCGACGCAGAGGCAGUCGUCGGGAAGGAGAUGAAAGUGCUCUGGGGAUUCUACACCGGUCUACUGGAGGAAGGAGACGAGGGUAUGUUGGAUGAGCAGCAGAAGAUCAUGCUGGACGGUGAUGAUGCUGUAGGAUUCUCUGGCUCGCUCGAGUUUCUCCAGCAUUCUCUCGCACGCUCUUGCAAGGUAGUCCUACGUGACAUAAACUUCUCUUAA